CACAGUGUGGCGUCAUUACCGUAACGUUAGUAAUUGUGUCGGUAAAUAAAGGUUCAGCUAGCUUCACUGGUAAUGUCAAUAACCCCCCUCCACAAUUUGUUGUGCUUCAUUUUGUUGAUAUGCAUGACUGUUGUCGGUCCGUAAGAUAUAUGAAUAAUAGAGCUUGGUCUUGUGAACAACUCUAGCUGAGAAAGAUGUUAAUUAAAAGUCUCAUCGCUAACGCUAACUAGCUAUAUGUUGCUAGCUGCAACAUUUUGGACAGAACAGCGCUUUUUGGCUAAACACAAACGUUGGCUACAGCUCGCACUUGAUAUUUAUCUACCGAGACUUGUCGGUGGAAGAGAACCGUAUGCAUUAAACGAAGUUACAACCUGAACUGCGUGAGGGAUCCGUUUGUCUCCUUCUGCACCGAAAGCUCAAUUCAUACAAAAUGUCAGCGCAAAAAGACUGCGAGUUUUUGGUGAAAAGAGCCCGGGAGCUGGUCUCUGAUGAUCCCUGUGCGGCCAAAGCCUGGCUCAUAACUGCCAGAACUCUGUACCCUACAGACUUCAACAUACAGUAUGAAAUGUACAUCAUUGAACGCAACGCAGAGAGGACAGCUUCGGCAGGGAGACUGCUGUAUGACAUGUUCAUGAACUUUCCAGAUCAGCCCAUUGUUUGGCGAGAGAUCAGUGUCAUCACAGCUGCCCUGCGCAGUGACUCUCAGGACAAACAUGCACAGUUUCUGCGAGGGCUUUUUGAGACACUGCCAGGCCGUGUGCAAUGUGAGAUGCUACUGAAAGCCACGGAGCAGUGUUUCAACACUUUGGAAAAGGCAGAGAUGCUGCUUCUCCUUCUCAAGCGCUUUCCAGAGUCUGUGGUGCAACAUGGAGUCAAUCUUGGAGAAACACUGUUAGAGGCGGAGGCAUCAGAGAGUAUGGAGACUCCGGUCAACUGCUUCAGAAAACUUUUUGUGUGUGAUGUCCUUCCUUUGGUCAUAAAUAACAUGGACAUGCGCUUGCCAGCCAGCCUGAUGCAGAAGUACAUGCUGAAAGCAGCUGAAUUCUACAUCGGCUAUGUUACCCGUGGACCCUCACCUGAUGUACAAAUGCAGGGCUCUCAAGAAGGUGGGGCUCUGAAGUCACCGAGUGUGUCCCGUGGCUCCCAGCGUUAUGUGAUUGACGGCCUGUCAGAAAAGUCAUCAGUGGUAGCAGAACCUUGGGAGAGGCUGUUGGAUAUCCUCGCUGUGGUUGGAGCACGCUGCGAGUGGCAGGGAGACAAGGGACAGAGGAGUUAUGUGGACAUGCUGCAGAGAGUGAAGGAACUGUGUCGCUACCUGCCCGGUCUGGAAGGAGACACAAGGUCCCGUUGCUGUAGUCAAGUGGUCAUCUGUGCUGCACUCGUCCUCUUCCGCAGUGCCUUCCUCUAUGUCUCAGCUGUGCAGCCUGCACUGUUCCAGGGCGUGAAUGCGUUGAGUUCCGGGCCGUGGAUCCUUGUAGAGGAUUUGAGCUCGGUGUAUAAUGAUGUGGAGGUGGAAAGAGGAGCAGUGAAACAUGCACAUAAGAAACGCAAACUGGCAGACGGUAGAGAGAAGACAAUGAGCUCAGACGAUGAGGAAGGGUUGGGAAAAGGUCGAGGUCGACACAUUUUAGUGAACAAGACUGAUAUGCCCAGCUGGUCAGAGACUCUGGACAGCUUCCGCACAGCGAGGGAAAGCUGGGACCUUCUUCACUCCCACGAUGGCCUGGAAACUGAGUUCAAGAAGAUCUGUGCCGCUUGGAAGACAGACAGCUGGCUUUGGUUCAGAAUAUUCCUCACCGACAUGAUCAUAUACCAGGGACAGUACCGUAAGGCCCUCUCCAGCCUGCACCAGAUGGCUGCAGUGCAGCAGCCUCAGCCUGGACAGCAGAGCCCCUCAGGUCAGGCCAGUGUGGAGCACCACAGGGCCCUCAUACAGCAGGCCUCCUGCCACUACGCACUGGGAGAGUUCAGGAUGGCCUGUGAGAAGCUGCUUGAUGUCGUCAGUGGGCUCGUGCCCCCAAACCAAGAACCAACAAAGGCCCCAGAGGAUCAGGGUAGAGUCAAGAUCAAAACCAGGAAAGGCAAUGACCUGAGAUUGCUGCCCUGCACCAGUAAAGCUAUUUUACCCUUCUGUCUCCAGCUGAUGCUGGCCUGCUUCAAGCUCCGUGCUUUCACAGACAGCCGUGACGACCUAUCCCUUGGUCAUGUGGUGGUGCUCCUGCAGCAUGACUGGCCACAGGGCGAGAUGCUGUUUUUAAAGGCAGUAGAUAAGAUCUGUCAGCAAGGCAGUUUCCAGUAUGAGAAUUUCUUCAACUAUGUCACCAACAUUGACAUGCUGGAGGAGUUUGCAUACCUGCGCACUCCAGAGGGAGGAAGGAUUCAACUGGAGCUGCUGCCCAAUCAGGGAAUGCUGAUCAAACAUCACACAGUGACUCGUGGAAUCACCAAAGGAGUGAAGGAGGAUUUCCGUCUGGCCAUGGAGAGGCAGGUGUCACGCUGUGGAGAGAACCUGUUUAGUGUGCUUCACCGUUUCUGCAUCAACGAGAAAGUCAUCAUCAUCCAGUCUCUUCCAUGACACCCGGCCUGUGACCUUUGAACCUUUUCGUAGUUGAUAAUUCAGGCACAGCUUCAAUUUAAUGCAGCUGGACUGACUUUAUGAUACAGGACAAUUUCUGUCUCUCUUAUCUUUAUCACUGAACUCUUAAAAAAAGAAGUAUCCUUGCCUUAAAAGUUGGAGAGAAUGCUGUUUUUGUUUUUAGUUUGGCUCAUACAAUUUUCAUGUUAUGUGUGUGGUUUCUGUCGUUACUGGUGUUAACCACAUGUACUUGACCACAUUUGAAGUGGUUUAAUCAUGAAUUGUGACAUUUUGUAGGAGUCAUUUCUGACAAAAGAAUUAAGUACAUUUUUGAUAUUCUUCAGUGAAGUUUAUUGUUUUUGUCAAAACUUGACCAAAUUGUUAGUUUAUAUACAUGUUUCCAUUAAAUGUGCUUUAAAGAUCA